AGGAAGAAGAAGAGAAUCAAUCACACAAGAAAAACUAUAUAAUUCUUCAUUCUUAUUAUAUAUAUAAAUAGACUUCAAUCUAAGCUUCGUUGUAGCUUCGUUCAAUGUUGUUCUUUUAGAUCUCGAAGAACACAAAAAGAGAAUUUACAGAAGAAAAAAUCAAAAACCAUGGCGUCUAAAUCGAAGCAGCAUCUUCGUUAUCAGCCGCGAAAGUCUCCGUCACGAUCGACUCAGGCGUUCACAGUGCUAAUACUUUUACUCGUAGUGAUUCUGAUUCUUCUGGGUCUUGGGAUUUUGUCACUGCCUAAUGCUAAUAGAAACUCUUCCAAGACGAAUGAUUUGACCAACAUUGUUAGGAAGAGUGAGACGAGUUACGAGGAAGGGAAUGGAGAACGUUGGGUUGAAGUGAUUUCUUGGGAGCCUCGAGCUGUUGUGUAUCACAAUUUCUUGACCAAUGAAGAAUGUGAGCACUUGAUCAGCCUGGCUAAACCAAACAUGGUUAAGUCAACUGUUGUUGAUGAGAAAACUGGUGGGAGCAAAGAUAGCAGAGUAAGGACUAGCUCAGGAACUUUCCUUAAAAGAGGACAUGAUGAAGUUGUCGAGGUGAUUGAGAAAAGGAUUUCAGAUUUCACCUUCAUUCCUGUUGAAAAUGGUGAAGGUCUUCAAGUUCUUCACUACCAAGUUGGGCAGAAGUAUGAGCCUCACUAUGACUAUUUCUUGGAUGAGUUCAACACCAAGAAUGGAGGACAAAGAAUAGCUACUGUGCUUAUGUACCUCUCGGAUGUCGAUGAUGGUGGCGAGACUGUGUUCCCUGCAGCAAAAGGAAACAUUAGUGCAGUGCCAUGGUGGAACGAGCUCUCAAAAUGUGGCAAAGAAGGACUAUCUGUUCUACCAAAGAAGCGAGAUGCUUUACUUUUCUGGAACAUGAGGCCUGAUGCCUCUCUAGACCCUUCGAGUUUACACGGUGGAUGUCCAGUGGUGAAAGGAAACAAAUGGUCAUCCACGAAAUGGUUCCAUGUCCACGAGUUCAAGGUUUAAGAGAAACAAAACACAAAAGCUAAAACUCGAGGAGGUUUCCACGGUAGCUUCAAAUUUGUGUGGAUACAGGUAAACAGGUGUAAUGUGUAUUUCCCUUUUGAAAUGAGAGAUCUUUUAGGACAUUGGAGGCUGUUCUUUCAUGGGGAUUAUUUGAACUUUUUCUUUGGAACUAUUUAAAACUAUUUGUACUUCACGACAUGUUCGGAUCUGAGUUUUGUAACUUUAACAACUGAAUACAACCAUGCAUUUUCAGGUUUACAUGCACAACUAUAUUGAGUUGAUUAAUAGAGUUGAACAAAAUGUUUGUAUUGA